AGGAGCUAUAAAGGCACAAUGCAAGCGGCUUUUCUCAGCCUUAGUUUCUCUUUUUCUCCUGCGAGAUAGAAAGAACAUGAACUUGAGAGGAUGGCAAAGCCAAAUCUGAUGGUCUAUUCUUACUUCUUUAUUUUCCUUCCUUCCAUCUCUGCAGAAAGUGGCUCUGGGUCAGAAACAUCAGUGGGAUAUGGCACAUGUGCAGACGCUGAGCAGGACAACGGCUUUAAAUGUUUCAUUCAAAUGCCAGUAUUCCAAAGCAAUUUCUUAAUUUGUGAUGCUACUGGGACCGAGAUGAACCUGAAUGAGGCAAAUGCCAGUUUUUCUGUGUAUGGGAUCCAACCCCAGCUCUGCUUCAUGAAAGGCCCCCUUGUAAGGAAUUGUUCUAUAGACAACAGUGAUCUUCUUCGUUCUUUUGAAGUUUGCUUGACCAUAACAUUGAUAAAUCCUUGCAAAGACUGCCAGAAAAUGAAAGCAACUCAUAUCAUUAAACCUGAAGCACCAUUUGAUCUAAAUAUCACCUACCAGGAAACGGCAAAUGAGUAUCUUGUCCAAUUCUCAACUCCCCAUAUAGCAAACUCAUUCCUUGAAAACAAAUUAAUACAUCAAUUAGCCUACCGACAAGAAAAUGCAGACUGGACUACAAUCGAAUCUUAUUUUCUUAUAUUAAAACUUCUGGGAAAGAAAUUUCAGCCAGAAGUAACAUAUGAGAUGAAAGUUCGGUCAAAACCCAAUGGAGCUUAUUUCAAAGGCCACUGGAGUGAAUGGAGCUCGUCCCAAUAUUUCAAAACUUCCGCCGGAAUAUCAAAUGGAAUAAACAAACUUGUCCUGUUAACAGUAUCCGUCACAACCUUCUUUGUGCUCCUCAUUGUAAUUUUUCUGGUCCCAGUAUUUUGGAAAAACAGGAUCAAAGAAAUGUUAUGGCCCAGCAUCCCUAACCAUCAAAAAACUCUGGAUAAAUUCUGCAACAAACUAAGAAAGAACUCAGACGCAAGUUUCUUUAAUCCUGAGAGUUUGGGAUAUACUCACAUUCAUAAGGUGGACAGUAUUCAGGCUAAAUCAGAAAUCGGCCACCUUCAGCUCCCAUCACAUAAUUUGGAUGCAGAUGUUGAGAAUUUGGUGAAACGAAAGGACAGUAUUCAUCAUGGUUGGUUGAAGCUGCCUUUGGCAUAUGAAGGAAUGUUGCCAACAGAGAUGAAGGACAAGCUCUCCAGUGGAAGUGAGGACACCUCUGCUGAUGACUCAUUCCCCAGCAUCAGUCUAUGUGAUGACAGCAGAGUUGCUGACCAACAUGGCUGGAACAACGAUCUGGGUAAAAAUUCCAACAGCUUAAUGGGCCAUAUUAUUCUCCCUGAAUUAAAGACAGGCUCUUGUUGCCAAGCUUAUCCCAAUGGUGAGAAAAGGUUAUUAAAUAACGAAGAAACCUAUGUCACAAUGGCAAGCUUUUUUGAAAAUAAGGGGAAAUUACGAAAUUAAUAGUUGCAAGCAUAUGUUACCAAGAGGCAUUUCUAGAUAUUGCACAGGUCUAUAACAUCUGUUCCAUUAUCUUUCCUUCUUCCAUGCUGAUUUUCAGCAUCAGUCUGCAGGUAUUUUGUAAAAAACUGUAUAAAGUUUUAUUUGAAAAUGAAAUUCUCUUGCAGACAAAAAAGCAGAGUUUUCCUCAUACCUCCUUUUCCACUGCAACUGUAUUUAUUCCCUCAUUCAAAAUUGCGUCAGAGCAUUUAAGGACCAUCCCAAAGCGUUUGGAAGUCACCAGCUUCUGCUCUUCCUCCUUUGGGAAUUUUCUGUGUUUAAUUCUGUUUAGAGAGGCUUCCAUGACAUUGAGAAAAUAAAAACUCUGGCCUAAAGCCAAAUUAUGUUCUUUGAAACAUACAGGUAGUCCUCAUUUAGCGACUGCCUUGUUUAGUGACUGUUC